ACGAGCUCAUCCUGAAACUUGAUACACUUAACUUAGAGGAGAAGAAUCGUUCAGGAAAGAUCAAAACGGUCCGAGCUGCCAUUGAAAGCAUUCACGAGGAGCUGGCGAAGGAGGUCAAACUUGAAAAGCAAGAGGAUCUAGUUCGUGAGAUGAAUGAAGUACGACAAGAGAGGCAAGGCGUCAUCGGACGCAAGCGAGAGCUUGAAGCAGAGAUGAAAACUAAUCUUGAUCAAGAGUAUCGCUUCAAGAGCCAACUCCAGCAGUCGAAAGAUGAACUUGGAAAACUCGACGAUGUCGAGGUCCGCAAGUUUCAGAUGCUGUACCACUGGGACCGGGAUACGGCGGAUGCGGUUACAUGGUAUCGUAAUAACAAGGACAAGUUCAGGAUGGAGGUUUUUGAGCCUCCUUAUCUUUCAGUGAAUGUUCCAGAUCGCACUUUUGCAAGCGCAGUUGAGAUGGCUUUCAGUGGCAACAAUAUGAAAACCUUCGUCGCUCAAUGUCAAGAGGACUACGAUACCCUGAACCAUAACAUUAACGACAACCAGGUUCUUGGUCGAAAGGUUUGGGUAACUACGUGGUACAGAGCCCGCAUGGAUCGGCUUUUCGUUCCGCCACCUAUGGAACGCGACGAGGCAUGUGCUAACUUUCCGUCAUAAAAAUAUCUGACGUCGGUGUUCUAUAGCUGGCCAGACUUGGCUUUUCUGGAUAUUUACUGGACUAUCUCACUUGUCCGCAGGGUUUGGAGUGGUUCUUGCAGGUUGAACUGAAUCUACACAGGAUUG